AUGGCUACGAUGCUGGGAAGUUCUUAUGUGAAGUUUCUAAGCGAUUACAAUUUCAUAUCUAACACAGAAACGAAUUACCGAAAUCCCACAAAAACUAUAUGGAAAGGGUUCAACCGCUGGACGAGUGCGGUAAACUGGACGAUGGUCGUACCGAUUCCUUAUAGUUCCGGUGAAUGGGAUCCUAUGGAGUCCCUGAGAAUUUUAAAUAGUUCCUAUUUAACAGGCAUAACCGAUUGCAUUUGGCAAUUGGGUACAGAGUUUGGUCCGAGUAUCAAAGAAUACUUUAAUGACUUGAAUACUUUGAACUUGAUGGUGGAUACAUUCAAUCCUUAUGUCGAUGACUGGGAAGUUACCGGUGCUGAAAUACCUUCGGGCAGCAGUAGCGAAGAAGUUAAACGAUAUAUUGAGAUGUCGAGAGGCAUUAAUGCUGCUUUUAAUUGGCUGCAGCCAGCCGAUUCUUCCACCACAAAUACUAUGAUCGGCUCAGUCUAUGAACACGAUCGCACCCUGCGUGCCAUGUUCAGCGAGAAGGUACCUGUUUGGCUAAAUUUCGCCUCUAAGGAUCGACCAAAAAAAUCGACACAGAGAGGCACCACUGGUAGCAGCNAGAAGGUACCUGUUUGGCUAAAUUUCGCCUCUAAGGAUCGACCAAAAAAAACGACACAGAGAGGCACCACUGGUAGCAGCAGCAGCAGCAGCAAAACCAAUGCAGAGGAUGUCACAGAUGUGUUGCGCUGGGCGCAGACUCUCGGAGAUGCGGCAACCUCUGGUUUCGACGCUGUUUUCCGACGCAUUGAUCAAGAUGACUUGGAACGCCCUAGUCCCAGCUUUUUCGUAACUAUGCUAUUCAAGAAAAUUAUGGGCUCACGGGUGUUCCCUGCCCGACCUUUUACCAUAUUCCUGCGCAGCAAUAAAUUAUAUACCCAUUGUGCGAAUACAAUUUCGGGCGGUAUAGCCUUCAUGAUUGUCAAUCCUGAUGAUGAUACCAAGCACGUGACCGUAAGUUCUUCCACAAAACUACCUGGUGAGGAGUACUGGCAGUAUAUCGUAACAUUUAAAAAGAAUCAGGCUUAUUUGAACAACGAGAGACUGAACAUGAACUCCACAUUAACGCCUCAAGUCAAGACUAAUAGUCCAAAUAAAGCAUUGCCAUUGAGUGCACCCGGGAAAUCCGUUGCGUUCUGGGUGCUGCCGAAUGCUGAGCUGGAGCAUUGCCAGUUCACAGAGAUCGAUAUUGACGAAUUGGCGCGCGAAUCGAUGGAGGAGGAGGAAAAGGCGAGUAAACGCAUUUCCUCGUCCGAUAAGCUAUUGCAGCAGCUAAUACAGGACACGGCACUCGCUCACUCUGCUCCAACAAAAUCCAACCACCGCAGACGUCGCUAUGCCACCUUUGCCAAUCGCGGUGCCAGGCAUGUUGUGCUGGAGGACAAUGGUGAACAUUCCGAGACUUUGGCCAAACUUUUCGAACCACUAUCCCUGGAGGAAAAGACACCCAAAAAGAGAGAAGAAGUGCUAGAAGAUAGACGGUCUGCUGCACUCAAGUGGAUUAAGGAGCUACUCGACACAGCACUGCAAGAUCGCGAGGAUUUGUUUUCACUAAAGCGAAAUACUCGCAGCGUCGACGAUUACUUUGGCGCCAUCUUUGGUGCGAGAGGCGGCAAGAAGAAGUCGGCUAUAGUAAAGAAAAUUACAGAAAUACGCAAACCAGAAAAGAAAUCCAUUAAAUCGUCAUACGACCCAGAAAAUUUCAAUGAGGAAGAGUUUUUUAAGAAAAUGGGCGAACAAAGUGAACCUGAGCUGCCACGCGUGCCCGAGGGCGAUGUUCAUUUGAAACAUAUAGCCACUGUUGACGGCGAAGAGGUGGAAGACUCCAUUGAACGUGGAAAGAGAAAGUUGGAAGUGGAGAAAGUACAGCGGAAAAAUCGAAAAGAAACUAGAAACGAAAUGAAACCAUUGCGCCUCCUACCAACCGAGUUCUACGAGGCACUCCCGACACCAAUCGAUGAUCAAAUGAAACGUACAAAGGGCAACAACUGGAAUGCGUUAUUAUUUCCCGAGCCUUUUUCAAAAAAGGAAACAAAAACCAACACCCUUGAUGAAGCUUCAGUAAGCAAAGAUGCUGAUGCCGAUGUUGAGAAGGUCGGUGCAACGCAAUUCCAAACUGGCAGUCAAUUGGCAGAAGACUUUCUGCUCGCCCAAGAAGAACUUGCGCGCUCUUUCCUGCACGAGAAUGAAGAAAAGGGAAAUGUAGAACACACAAAUGAUAAAAUUAUCGAAACAAAUGCGGAAAGUGAGGAUGAAAUGCUGGAAAAAAUCAAAUCGUUACGCACCAAGUACAUCGACUACUUGGCGGAGAACUUGGAGAACUACUUCAAUGAGCGCGGCGCAGAGGGCAAUAUCGAUGCACAGAUUGGUGAGCCGACCACAGAAGCGCCUUGGUGGAAUUUGAGCUCAUUGCGUAAGCGACGUUCGCCACGUGCAUUGCGUAAUCGGUUGUCUGAAGAUGAUUGGAUUUCGAAUAUGAUCACCAAGGAUGAGGACCUGGAGCCUUUGGGUAGCACAGCGCCCGAACAGCUGAUGGGAUUCGAGCGAAAGGCGCCGCGUAGAUUACAAACGGACGAGGAAAAGCACAAAGGCAAGUCGAACGCAUAUCUGAGAACAAUGAAGAAUAAA